CAGACACUGGCGGUGGCAGAUGCCAGGGAAUCUCACAGGUGGUUGCUCCGGGAUCACGCCGCCGCUGCGAGAGCUGUCCCCUCCAUGCGUUUAUAAACACACGGCCCGCGCGCUACCAGCGUUGAUUUCCCUGCACGAUCGUCCCGCCUCUCGCCCCCACCUUGUCCCUGUCGUCGCACCAACAGAGGAUGGCGCUGAACACCUACGCCGUCGUCGGGCUUUCGCUUAGUCUGCUGUGGACGCUGCAGAAGUUUAUAGAGUUCAGACGGGCGGUGAAUAGCAUCGGGGGACUGCCCGGAUACAGAACGCUCUUGAGCGGCGCGAGCUUUUUGGGAAACUUUUUGCCGAAGAUUGACGGCGUGACGCCCGGCCGGGGUCGCAACUGGAUCGCCAAGCACGACGAUGCCGAGGUGUUCGGAUGGGACGUCUACUCAAACGUGUCCGUAUGGCCGAAGACGAAGGCGAUGUUGCUCCUCGCUGACCCUGCGGUCAUCAAGGAGGUAACCAGCGCUCGCUCGCGCUUUCCCAAGCCGGUGCAGCAGUACCGCGUCCUCACCUUCUUUGGCAAGAACAUCGUCGCGUCAGAGUUUGACGACUGGAAGCGGUACAGGAAGGUCGCCGCCCCCAGCUUUUCAGAGCGGAACAACAAACUGGUGUGGGACGAGACGGUGCGGAUCAUGCUGGACAUGUUCGACAACGUCUGGAAGGACAAGCCGGAGAUCGUCGUCGACCACGCGGUCGAUAUCACCCUGCCCAUUGCGCUGUUCGUGAUCGGCGUAGCGGGCUUCGGGCGGCGCAUCUCGUGGAACGAUGACCUGGUCGUCCCGCCGGGUCACGAGAUGACGUUCAAAGACGCGCUGCACGUCGUCUCGACCGACGUCUUCGUCCGGCUGAUCGUUCCCGAGCGGGCGAUGGGCCUCACCAAGCGGCUGCGGAACGUCCGGCUCGCGUUCAAGGAGCUUGAGCAAUACAUGUCGGAGAUGAUCAGUGCGCGUCGGACGGCGGAGAAGAAGGAGGAGCGGUACGAUCUGUUCAGCUCGUUGCUCGACGCGAGCGACGAUGUCGCCGCGGACAGCGCCAACACGCUCUCGGAUUCGGAGCUGCGCGGGAAUAUCUUUAUUUUCAUGCUCGCCGGACACGAGACGACGGCGCAUACGCUGUGUUUCGCGUUUGGCUUGCUGGCGCUAUACCCAGAAUGGCAGGAGAAGCUGUAUCAGCACAUCAAGAGCGUGAUCCCGGACGACCGGCUCCCUACAUACGAAGAGAUGAACCUACUUACCCACUCCAUGGCGGUGUUCUACGAGACGCUGCGGAUGUACCCGCCCGUGAAUGGCGUGCCGAAGUACAGCGCGGAGGACACGACUCUGACGACGACGAACGAGGCCGGCGAGAAGCGGACGAUCCCCGUGCCCGCCGGCACGGGCCUGCUGAUCAACGUCCCCGGGUUGCACUACAACCCCCGGUACUGGAAGGACCCGCACACCUUCAACCCCUCGCGGUUCUUGGACGCGGAUUGGCCGCGCGACGCGUUCUUGCCUUUCAGCGCAGGCGCCCGGGCAUGCAUCGGCCGGCGGUUCUUCGAGACGGAGGGCAUCGCGAUCCUGAGCAUGAUGAUCUCCCGGUACCGGAUCGAGAUCAAGGAGGAGCCGCAGUUUGCGCACGAGACGUUCGAGGAGCGCAAGGCGCGCGUGCUCGCCAGCAAGCCCGGACUUACGAUGACCCCCAUCCGCAUGCCGCUCGUGUUCAAGAGGCGGUGAUUAAGGAUGUGAAGGGGUCUGGCUUCCGUCCUCCUGCCGCCACUCGUUUCGGAUGUAUGUGUCGUUUUUUGAGUAAACUGGUUGUUGUUAGCUUGCAGCAGUAAUGGCCUUGAGGCGUUGCGCACGGUCAUGUCGUUUUUUUGACGUCCUUGCUCGCAGUUCCGACCAUCGUACCCGCGCAGUAUGAGACGCGGCGUUCGAGGAGGAGGGAAACGUUAUCCACCCCGCUUCGCGCUCCCACGCUCCC